AUGGUUGACUUAUUAUUUCGACAAAAUACGGUCCAUCGACGAAAAACUGCUAGUGAUAAUACCGAUUAUCUACAAGUUAUCGGAGUUGGAUUACCACGUACAGGUACGUCUUCACUCAAGGCUGCUCUCGAGAUACUUGGCUUUGGUCCAUGCCAUCAUAUGACCGAAUUAUUACAUAAGCCCGAACAACGUAAAAUAUUUGCACAAAUAUUGGAUGGUUAUGAGGCAGAUUUUCGUGAAUUGCUCAAGGGAUACCGAUCAUCUGUGGAUGUUCCGACAGUUUUAUUUUACAAAGAACUUCAUCAACUUUAUCCUAAAGCAAAACUCAUACUUACAGUACAUCUUUUCGUGACAUUUUCACUCAAUAAACGUAUUACAUUGAUUCUGUCGAAAACUCAACUUCGUAUUGUUAUCUCAAAACUUGAUUGUCGUCAUCAAAUUAAAUUUCUCUCUUCUCAUCUCACUGAUCAUGCUCAUCAAGUCAUAUCUCUUUCACUUGAAGAUCAACUUGGUAAUUUUUCAUCAGUUAUUCCUUUCAUUUUCACUCAGCAUAACUUUAUCAAUCUUCGAUCAUGCAGAUAUUUCGGUACUUGUUUAUCAUUCAUUUUACAUACUACACAACCACGUAGUGUAUCAUUAUCUGACAAAGUCAAACGAAAGUUAGGUAACACUAUUUUAAAGCACAAAUUAUCAGACCUUCGCUCAGUUACACAUUUCCCUAUGAUUAUUCGGACCUAA